AUGAUACGAAGAAGAACAAACCGCCAACAAAGCUCAAGUUUGUGGCGAAAAUGCACAAAUCUCCGGACUUUAAAACAAAUUCACGCAUUUAUGAUUAUCAAUGGAUUCAAUUCGAAUCCCUCAGCCUUAAGAGAGCUCAUUUUUUGCAGUGCUAUGGUUGUUUCAGGUGCAAUGAAUUAUGCCCACAAAGUGUUUACUCAAAUUACUGAACCGGAUACCUUCAUGUAUAACACUAUGAUUCGAGGCUCAGCUCAGAGCCUAAACCCAUUAAAUGCAAUUUUGUUAUAUACCCAGAUGGAGAAAUGUUGUAUAAAGCCUGAUAAUUUUACUUUUUCUUUUGUGCUUAAAGCCUGUACUAGGGUUUUGUUUAGAAACAUGGGGUUUUGUGUUCAUGGAAAGGUUGUUAAACACGGGUUUGAGUUUAAUAAAUUUGAGAGGAAUACCCUUAUUUAUUUUCAUGCUAAUUGUGGUGAUUUGAGUGUCGCGAGGGGUAUAUUUGAUGCUUCUGAGGAAAGGGAUGUUGUUGCUUGGUCUGCUUUGACUGCAGGAUAUGCAAGAAGAGGAGAGUUAAGUGUGGCAAGAAGUCUUUUCGAUGCAAUGCCGGUUAAGGACUUGGUUUCUUGGAAUGUGAUGAUUACUGGGUAUGUAAAGCAAGGAGAAAUGGCGCAAGCAAGGGCGCUUUUUGAUGAGGUGCCUAAAAGAGAUGUUGUGACUUGGAAUGCUAUGAUUUCGGGGUAUGUGAUGUGUGGAUUGAAUAAAUGUGCAUUGGAGAUGUUUGAGGAGAUGAGGGUUGUAGGAGAACGGCCGGAUGAAGUGACUAUGUUGAGUUUGUUGUCUGCUUGUGCGGACAUGGGGGAUCUUGAAGUGGGAAAGAAGAUACAUUGUGCGCUUUUGGAGGUGAGUUCGGGGGAUAUAAAAGUUUUACUUGGGAAUGCGCUUAUAGACAUGUAUGGUAAGUGUGGUAGCAUUGAGAGAGCAAUGGAAGUGUUUCAUGGGAUGAAGGAGAAAGACGACUCAACGUGGAAUUCAGUGAUUAUAGGGUUAGCUUUUCAUGGCUAUGCCGAGGAAUCAAUUACUUUGUUUAGUGAAAUGCAGAGGUUGAAAGUCAGGCCAAAUGAGAUCACUUUUGUUGGAGUUUUAGUUGCUUGCAGUCAUGCAGGUAAAGUGGAAGAGGGGAAGAGAUAUUUUAAGCUUAUGCAAGAUGUAUACAAUAUUGAGCCAAAUAUUAGGCAUUAUGGGUGUAUGGUGGACUUGCUUGGGCGUGCUGGGCUAUUGAAUGAAACGUUUGAGUUCAUAGACGACAUGAAGAUCAAACCCAAUGCCAUUAUUUGGAGGACUCUGCUCGGGGCUUGUAAAAUUCAUGGAAAUGUUGAAUUGGGGAGGCGCGCAAACGAGAGACUACUCAAAUUGAGGAGGGACGAAAGUGGCGACUAUGUAUUACUUUCCAACAUAUAUGCUUCACAAGGUGAGUGGGAUGGGGCUGAGAAGGUGAGGAAUUUGAUGGAUGGCAGUGGGGUAUGGAAAGAGCCUGGCCGUAGCCUUGUCGAAGCUGAUGAUAAAGCUCUCACCCACUAUUUGCUUAAUUCAAAACCUAAAUUAGAUAGGAGAAACCCAGUUCGUUGAGUUGCAAGUAGUUAACCUAAGUGCUCCCAUGCUAUUAACUUUAAUUUCACUGGUGGAGUGUUGUAACUAAACAUUACACAAAUUUUUUCUU